AUGGGGGGGGUCUUCAGAGACGCUCUCGCCGAAUACUGGGAAACAUUCAACAAGAAAUGUGCAACAGGAAGUAUCAUAACAGUUCCAGUAACCCGACAUGACAUGAAAGAAACGUGGAAAUAUGUUGCUGAAGUUAUGAUUAUUGGGUAUAAAACAGUGGGUUAUUUCCCCAUCAAACUUGCAAAACCAUUCAUGAAUCAUUGUUUUGGACAUAAAACACAGGAAGACGAGCUUGUAAAGACAUUCUUGCAGUUUAUUCCGGACCACGAGAAAAAGAUCAUUGAGCAAGCUCUUACAGAUUUUCAGAGUGUUAGUGAGGAUGACGAAUUUUUGGAUAUGCUGGAUUCCCAUGAGGUGAAACCCUGCGUACGUGAGGACAACUUCAAAACAAUCUUGUCAGAAGUGGCUCAUAAAGAACUGAUCCAGGAUACUGCAUACAUAUCAGAUUGCUGGCGGGUUCCUCUCAAACAACGUUUGACACAACUACUACCAAAAGGGGGUCUGGAUGAGUUGUAUAACAAGCUAAAGCCCACACCCCACAAAGUGACAUCCAUCCUGCAGUUUGAGGAACAUCUCGAGCGAAAAGAGCAGAGCAUCUCUACUUUCUUGAAGAAAUACAUAAGGCAAUGCCCUGAGGAACGUCUUCUAAGGUUUCUUAGAUUUUGCACAGGUGCAGAUGUCCUGAUUGCAUCAUCUAUUAAGGUGAGGUUUGUAGAACCACUGAGUGACUUCUCAAGAACUCCUGUUGCACACACCUGCGGUUAUGUGCUUGAGUUUCCCAACAGCUAUGGCUCCUACUUAGAGUUGGCAGAAGAAUUAACCGAGCUCCUUGACUCAAAAGUAUGGGUAAUGGAUAUCGUAUAAAUCAGUAAGCAUGAGAUAAAGUAAAGUAGCCAUUGUAAUAAUAUAUGCAUUUAGGUUUUAUGCUCAACUCUAUUUUACUCCUUUUUUUUAAAUGCGUCAGUGUCUUCCAUCGUGUUCAUAUAAGAAGUUCUCUAAACCAUAAUGUUCAAUUCGGCACAAUUCACAGUGUGUCCAUAGUUCAUGCACAGUGCAAAUUCAUUAACAGUUUAUGUUACCAUAGUUUGACCAUUAUUACCAUUGGAACAAUCAUAGGCUGUUUAGGUCAUAGGUCAAUUUAGUGUCACAGAAAUGGAUGGAAGACACAAAUACUUUUCUCAGUUGAGAAAUAAUUAUUUUUCCUAAUUUUAUUUGAAAGCUUAUGUAUCUUUUUUUUUGUGGUUGCAUGAUAUGCACUGUGUACCAAUCUAAGUUUCCGAUCCAGCAGUCUAAGCCCCUUAUUAUUUAGAAAAAUAAAAGCUUAUAACUGAUUUGCAGGGAGUGCUCUUAUUACUGUUAUCUAAAGGUAGUUCUUCAUGAAGAAUGACUGGGAAUGGAUGAAAAACA